AUGAACGGGAUAUUUGCAAUUGAGAAACCCAGUGGGAUCACGUCGAACCAUUUUAUGCUGAAAGUUCAGCAUCUGUUUAAUGGGAGCUCCGUUUUCUCCAAAGAGAUCGCCAGGUUAACGGCGGAAAGGAUGCAACAGUACAGGGAGCAAACCGGGAAAACGCCUAGCAAAAGGAAGUUAAGAAAGGUUUCCAAAGUUAAGAUGGGCCACGGUGGGACGCUGGAUCCGUUGGCAUCUGGUGUCUUAAUAAUUGGGGUCGGUUCCGGGACCAAGCAGUUGGCUAAUUAUUUGUCCGGUACAGUAAAAGUGUACGAGUGUGAGGCAUUGUUUGGUGUCUCGACAACGUCCGGUGAUGUAGAAGGCGAGAUCUUAUCAGAGACCUCUACCAGGCAUUUAAAAAUGGAGGAAUUGCAAUCUUUGAAGGAGAAAUUCGAGGGUUCUUUGAAGCAGACACCGCCCAUCUUUGCCGCAUUGAAAAUGAACGGGAAACCACUACACGAGUAUGCACGGGAGGGGAAACCUUUACCGAGGGCCAUUGAACCCAGAGAGGUAACGAUCUACGAUCUGACCAUAUUCGAGAAUUCCCUCUCCAAAACGCACAAUUAUCCUCUGCUGAGGCCGACUACCUAUGAGAGUAAAGACACUGUCAAAAACCUGAAUGCCAACUUACUAAACGACACUCUGUAUUUUUCUAAAGAGUAUUGUGAAGCGCAUAACUUAGACACGGAGGUGGCACAAAUUGAAGAUCCUAUCCCGUUAACGCAAGAGGAAAGUGAUGAGAUCGCGAGCAUGGGCGAUCAAUACAGAUCUCCUUUGCUACAUUUCAAAGCGAAGGUCUCUUCCGGUACUUAUAUUCGUUCGCUUGUGAGUGAUGUCGGGAAAGCACUACGGUCGUCGAGCUAUAUGGUGAAACUGGUUAGGCUGCAACAACAAAAGUGGUCCCUGGAGAAGGGCAAUGUAUUUAAGUUGGAAGACUUUACGGAAAACCAUGAGGAUUCUUGGACCAAAGUGUUGCAGGAGGUAUUUGACCGUGGAUCUGAAGUGAAUAUCUCAGAAGAGUUCGUUAAAGCAAAGCAAGAAUUGAAGGAGGUUGAGCCUAGAGUUAAAGCGACAACCACUGAAGUUGAAGAGGCAGUUGCUGAGGCCCCUGCGAUAGACACAGAUUCCACGCAGCAAGAAUCUGUGGAGGGGAACACUGGGACGAAGCGGAAGAUCGAUGAUGUGUAA